AUGGCGUUUGUCGAGGAGGCGAAGUUAGAAGGACAAUGUUUUCAGGAUGCUUUACGACAAGUUUGUUAUUUUUUUCAAGUGGAAAAUCUUUUCGAAGAUCAACUCAACGCUAUUAAGGCUUUCUUCAAAGGAAAUAACGUUUUCUUUUGUGCCAGUACUGGGUAUGGAAAGUCCAUCGUGUUCCAAUCCAUACCUUUAUUUACCGAUAUCCUACUUAAUCAAGUUAUUGGCACUAGCACCGUGAUUGUAGUAUGUCCUCUGACUUCAUUAAUGCUCGACCAAGUUAGCAAAAUGAUGGAGUUAGGAAUCAGCGCAGCUGCUGUAUUUCAAGGACAAGAUGAGGCUGUUUUAAAUGAUAUUGAGGAUGGCAUAUAUUCGCUCGUUUUUACGUCGCCUGAAUCCAUGUUGGCCUCAAAAAGAUGGGAAAAAAUUUUAAAAUCGGAAAGCUUUGUGGAAAAUUGUGUUGGAAUUGCUAUUGAUGAAGCUCACUGCAUCAGUCAAUGGUAAGAUACAUAUUUCUUUAUAUUAAUAUUGAUAAAUCUUUCUGUAAAGUCAAUUUGUAUAUUUCUAAUUUUUAUCAAUUUGUGUUUGUAGGGGAUUGGCAGGAGCAAAGGGCGCUUUCAGAACUUGGUAUGGCAAUCUUGGAAAGCUCAGAUCCAUGUUCACAGAUAUUAAUCUGAUUGUUUGUACUGCCACAGCAACCAAAGCUACCAAGAGCAAGAUCUUUGAGGUUUUGGAUCUCAAAAUGGAAAACACAUUUAGCAUUGAAAAAAGUCCAGAGCGACCAAACAUUGCUUAUGUUACUCAGUAUGUUGAAAAUGACAUGGAACUUUGCGAUGUCUUUCAUGAUGUUAUAUUGGAUGUGAAGGAUAAAAAAGACAAAUGUGCAAAGACUCUUAUUUACUGUCAAACAAGAAAGCAAGCUGCCAUCAUAUGGAGAACAUUCAAGUUGGCACUUGGCAAAGACAUGUAUGCUGGUGAAACUCUAUUACCAAGAGACUGCAUUGUGGAAAUGUACCAUGCUGGAACACCUGAGUCAUCAAAGCAACAUAUUUUAAAAUCUUUGUCACUACCAGAUGGUCAUGUAAGAGUGCUGAUUUGCACCAUUGCAUUUGGUAUGGGAAUAGAUUUGAAAUGUGCUCGCAAGGUGAUUCAUUUUGGGCCAUCUCGAACAACUGAAUGCUAUAUGCAAGAAUGUGGACGUGUUGGCAGGGAUGGUGGACAGAGUUUGUGUGUUCUACUCUACAAUGGCAUUUUGGCAUCUCGUUGCUCUGAUGACAUGAAGGAAUUGAUCAGCGAACAAAAGUGCCUUCGAAGAGCGAUUUUAAAGCACUUCCCUGGUGAUCAUGAAAUUGUUGUUGAAGGAUGUCAGUGCUGCAAUGUUUGUGCUCAGACCUGCUUGUGCUCUGGUUUAAAGGGUGAUUGCUCCAUUAAUAUGUUGCUAGAUUUCUCCAGUCAUGAGAAUUUAUACCAGUACGAUAAGCAUAGACCUGUUACAAAUGAACAGAAAAAAACACUGGAAUCAAAUCUGUACCAGUAUCAAAAUGCUUUGCAAAGAGAAGCCCCAAAGCAAGUGUUGUAUCCAAAUGUCUUUGUAGAAUUUGGUUCUCUUCAGAUUGCCCAGGUCAUCAAGAAUGCAAGUAAACUGUUUUCUAUACAUGACAUUAUGAACUGUGUUGAAAUUUGGCGAAGUGAGCAUGCAUGUGGUAUUUUAAAUAUUUUUUCACAAAUGUUUGGUGAUAUUGACAUUAAUGAAACUAGUAUUGAUUUGGAUAAAAUGGAUCUAGAUGAUACUUUAGAUCUAGAUUGGUUGGAUAUCCGAGAUGACUCAUCAGCGGAUGUACUGCUAUUUCAAGAUAGCAGUUUAUUACAAGUCAGUGAUGAAAUGGAUGAGCUUGACAAGUCAAUAGCAAGCCUCACAUUGGACACAAGUGGUGAUAUAAGAAAUAUUGCCAAAGAAGUAACCUCAGUUAUCAAUACUAAGGAUAUGGAACUCUAGGUAAAAAACUACUACAGUAAUAAUACAAAUUAUAUAAUCAACACAAUGAGGGGCAUAAGACCACAUUUCAAAACUGGUGACUUAGGGACUGUUAAUUAAUUAUGGCCGGGGGGUUACAAUUUUUAAAACUUCAAAUUUUAGGGGGGCAUUUGUCAAUUAAUUCCUUAACCAUUGAGUUGCAUUGCACCCUGAUGCACCCUACUUUAGUAUUUUACUCUGUCUAACGCCAGAGUAUUUUACUCUGUCUAACGCCAGACGAUUUUACUCAUCAAGGGGAGAGCACUGGCACUUAAUGGGUUAACUGGCCACUUAAUGGGUUAACUGGCCUAUCUGCCCAUGUGUCUAGUUAACCCAUUGAGUUGCAUUGCACCUUUAUGCAACCUACUUUAGUAUUUUACUCUGUCUAACGCCAGAGUAUUUUACUCUGUCUAACGCCAGACGAUUUUACUUCUCAAGGGGAGAGCGCUGGCGCUUAAUGGGUUAAAAAAUAAACACCAGACCCCCCUCCCCCCUCCGGCUUAAAAAUGUGUUGUGGUUCCAUUUUCAAAUUGCAAAAAAAUUAGGGUCAGUCAAUAAUUAGCGUGACAACAGACGCCAUUUUGGCAGGGGCCCGCAACCCCCCCCCCAGAAAAUAGGGUCGCAUGGUCAAUCACAUUCAAAAAAUAAUACGGUUGGUAGAAUAUGGUUGGUCGGGAACCAGAACUACAAGUAUUCUUAAGCCUAAGCCAUAUAAUUAACAAACAGUCCCUAAUAGCUGCAAAAAUUUCAUGUUAUAACAAAACCUGAUCUAAGAUUCAUAAUUAUGAACAGUACUGUUUAUAUAUACUAUUAUAAAUAAUAUAUACUGUAAAUUAUCUAGCAGUUUUGUUCAAGUAAAUGUUUCUUUUGUGUUCCUCGAUCCAUUUGAACAUUCCAUGGAGGUCAAAACUGCUUAAAAUACUUGGUGAACAGUCAACAAAAUAUUUAUAUGAUCUCCCUGGAGAGCAUUUAAAAGCAUUAUUGACAACCAAUUCCUUAACAAUAUUAUGUAAAUCACCAACACAUUUCUUCUGAAUAUGCAAACCUGAUUGCUUAAGAACCUUGCAAUCCAGAUCAAAAUUGUCCAUAAGCUGUUUGUUAAUAGAUAUGCUCUUGCAAAAUCGGGUAAUUGCAGUUUUAUUAGAUGCAUUAGGACCCAUUUUCUUGAUUACCUCUUUUAGUACUCUGUUAUAAUGUUCUAAUGCCAGGUCAAGAGGUAUGUUCCCACCCAUGCCAUACUUUGCUUUAACAGACCUAUUCCAAAUAAGCCUAUGUGCAUCCCUUGGUGAUAAAAUAGCGUAAACUUGAGAAAUGAGAUGCAGCCCUUCCAAAGCGUACUUACGGCUGUGUGCUCCAUCAACUUUUAAAAACAUCAAAAAGAAUUUCCAGCACCUCAGUAUACGUUGCCCAUCUGCUUCUGAAAUGGCAUCUGAAAAAUUUAGGAACAGCAUACCAUACUCAAGCAAGGCAAGCUGGUAAUUGCGAACAUCAUCCUUUACCUUAGCAACAGGAGAUGGGAUAAGUGAAGCUGUGUGUUGUGAGUGCAACCCAUGGGUUUUCUCAUGUGUGAUACGUCUUUUUCCAUCAAAGGCAAAAGACUUUGUGCACCCAGGAAACCUACAUCCAAAACGACCAUUUUCCAGCACACUACUAUCAACUCUUCGCUCUUUCUGCAGCUUUUCCAUUAGGCUAUUUAUGUUUGUCUCAUUAACAAUAUAGGUGUCCACAACCUUAAAUGCCAGAUCUUUGAGGAACUUCUGUUGUGCCUUGGCUGUUGCAUGAACUAAGGAUGGUGGCAAAAUGUCUUCGGGGGGAGUGUCAUCUAAGGAGGUAAUCUUCAUGAAAUCAAGUGCAGCAGCAAUUACUCUUGCUUCGAUUUCCAUUUUGAAAAAUUGCUUGCAUGCAGAAAAGUUUUUAUCAACUUCAGUGGAAACAUUUCUACGAUUGAUGUGGUUUCUGUCAGCAUACAAUGUACACUUAUCUGAGGGUGCACUGGGGUUGUAAAAGUGGUCAAAGGCAACCUGUAAAAAGUGUAAAUGUGAAAACAAAUUUGCAAAAUAAUAACAAUUCUGCAGUAAAGUAUUUUAGACAUGAUCUGUGCACUCCCAAAAAGUUCAAAGAAGACUUGUAAAGUUUUGCUAAAUAAGUAUACAUAUCAGGGUUGUGGGGUGGAGAGAUCUCUAACAUUUAGAGAUCAUUUUCAUGAUUUUAUAGUCAGUAUUAGU